AUGUCCAAACUGAUCUUCCUACUCCUUGUCACCCUUCUCGCCUUGACUACAGUAUCAGCUCAAUCCGACUGGACUGGUUCGGGUACCAUCUUGUCCCCAGACGGUGGUGGCCUCGGCUUCGGCGGUGGCAACAGCUACAAUAGCUACAACAGCUACAAUCGAGGCGGGUAUUCACCAUACAAUAACUACGGCUUCUUUGGAUAA